UCUCUCUCUCUCUCUCUCUCUCUCUCAAACUUUCUCUGUCUAAAAAGUCUUGUGGAGACUGGAGACGACCACGGCCAUUGCUGGCCUGCUGAGUGCUAACGUUCUCCAAAUUUAGCUAAAGAAAGAGACCGUAGGGUUUCCUACACUGGUCGAUACGGUUGCGUACAGUGAGGGAGAGAGGGAGAUCUGGUUUCGUUUCGGCGGAAUGGAGGAAGAGAAAGGGGCAGUAGUUCAGAGUUUGAUUGAUACGGUGAAUGAGAUUGCUUCGAUCUCUGAUUAUAGAGUUACGGUGAAGAAGCAGUAUUGCAAUUUAGCGAGAAGAUUGAAGCUUUUGACGCCAAUGUUCGAGGAGAUUAGAGAAAGCAAGGAGCCGAUUCCUGAAGAGACUGCGAAAGCUUUAGUUUUGUUAAAACAGGCUCUGGAUUCAGCAAAGGAGUUGCUCAAAUUUGGCAGCGAAGGCAGUAAGAUUUACCUGGUCUUGGAGAGGGAACAAAUUAUGAAAAAGUAUCACGAUGUGACAACUCAACUGGAACAAGCUCUAAGUGGAAUUUCCUAUGAAAACCUUGAUAUAUCAGAUGAAGUUAAGGAACAGGUUGAGCUUGUCCAUGCUCAGUUCAGGAGAGCGAAAGGAAGGGUUGAUCCUCCCGAUGUGGAGCUGUAUGAAGAUCUAUUAUCCCUUUAUAACAAGAGCAAAGAUGCAGCAAUAGAUCCAGCUGUCCUAAGAAGAUCAUCUGAGAAGUUACAAUUGAAGGGGAUAGCUGACCUUACACAAGAGUCAAUAGCCUUGCAUGAAAUGGUUGCUGCCACUGGCGGUGAUCCUGAGGAAAACAUUGAAAAAAUGUCGAUGCUAUUGAAGAAAAUUAAGGAUUUUGUACAAACAGAAAACCCCAACAUGGACACUCCUGCAAGUGAAAGGAGCCAUCCUCCAAAUGGCAGUGGACAAGCUUCCGCCAAUGGGAAUCACAAGGCCCCAGUUAUACCAGAUGACUUCCGCUGUCCAAUAUCCCUGGAAUUGAUGAAAGAUCCUGUUAUUGUUUCAACAGGCCAGACCUACGAGCGUGCCUGCAUUGAGAAGUGGCUGGAAGCAGGACAUACCACAUGUCCAAAGACUCAACAGGCCCUCAAUGGUACUGCUCUCACACCCAACUUUGUACUGCGCAGCCUCAUAGCCCAGUGGUGUGAAGCAAAUGGGAUUGAACCACCAAAACGACCCAGCAGUUCACGAUGUAACAAAACCUCAUCGGCCUACUCACCUGCUGAGCGUACAAAGAUUGAAAUUCUCCUUCACAAACUCACUUCUGGUAGCCCUGAAGACCAGCGUUCUGCUGCAGGUGAGAUCCGCCUUCUUGCCAAGCGGAAUGCAGAUAAUCGUGUGGCAAUUGCUGAAGCUGGUGCAAUCCCUCUCCUUGUGGGCCUUCUCUCAACACCCGAUUCUCGAAUCCAAGAACAUGCUGUUACUGCCCUUCUCAACCUUUCUAUAUGUGAAGAUAACAAAGGAAGCAUCAUAUCAGCUGGGGCAGUUCCUGGUAUUGUACAUGUGCUCAAGAAGGGCAGCAUGGAAGCUCGGGAAAAUGCUGCAGCCACCCUUUUCAGUCUUUCGGUUGUGGAUGAAAAUAAAGUUACAAUAGGUUCUUCAGGAGCUAUCCCUCCACUUGUGACACUUCUAAGUGAGGGUACACAAAGGGGGAAAAAAGAUGCUGCAACAGCACUUUUCAACUUGUGCAUCUAUCAGGGGAACAAGGGAAAGGCAGUGAGGGCUGGAGUUGUGCCCACACUAAUGCGUCUGCUGACAGAACCUGGAGGUGGAAUGGUGGAUGAAGCACUUGCUAUUUUAGCUAUACUAGCUAGCCACCCUGAAGGGAAGGCAGCCAUUGGAUCUGCAGAGGCAGUGUCAGUUUUGGUGGAAGUUAUUGGGAACGGAUCCCCAAGGAACAGGGAGAACGCAGCUGCGGUUUUGGUGCACCUUUGUGCCGGCGACCAGAAAUAUUUGGCAGAAGCGCAAGAGCUUGGAGUAAUGGGGCCUCUAGUAGAUUUGGCCCAAAAUGGAACAGACCGGGGAAAGAGGAAGGCGCAACAGUUGAUUGAGCGAAUGAGCAGGUUUGUUGGGCAGCAAAAGCAGGCUCAGGCACAAACUGAAACUCAAUCUCAGGUUCAGACUCAGCAGCCCCAGCCAUCCUCCAUAUCAAAUCCUGCUGAUAAAUGACAUUUUUAGUUCAUCAUUUUCACAAUUGAGUUCUUCUUUUUCCUUUGUUAUUCUGUUUCGUUUCAUCAAACUUGGAGAUGCGGCCUUGAUUUGGAAGGGGAGGUGGAAGAUCACCAGUCCAGUUUGUAAGUUAUUGAUUUGUUUAUGUUGGACGAGAAGUACAUUUUAAAAGAGAGUAUCCAUCAUCCAUCAAAGGGGAAGCAAAAGAGAAAUACUCAGCUGUGACGCGUCUGACAUGUGAACCAUUGUGGUAUGUAAUCAUCCUCAGUUUUUAUUGAAGAGAUGUGUCCUACUCCUGUGUAUUCAAUAUCAAACCAUGUAAGAUACUACUACUGAUCAAUGAUGGAAUUGGAGAAAUCAGAUGAAUAUCAAACCAUCUGUUUUUUCUCUGAAUUGUUUAAAGUCUA